AAUCAGAAUGAUUGGUGUUGUGCGACGCAUCCUUGAUGGUCUACUGCUGAAAUCCCCGACCACGCGCCUCACGCAUGAAACAUUAACUACUCUUAUGGCUGAAGUCAUGGCCAUAAUAAACGCCAGGCCAUUGGUUGCUGUCGCAACCGACCCUGAAACUCCUGAAGUCCUCUCACCUGCAUUACUUCUGACCCAGAAGGCCAGCAUUGUGCCAGCACCACCUGGGGACUUUGAACUCAAAGACCUCUACAAAAGUCAGUGGAGACAGGUUCAAGGUCUCGCAGACUGUUUCUGGAAGAGAUGGAGGCAAGAGUAUCUUGCAACGUUGCAAACAAGAAGGAAAUGGACGGGAGAGAGACGGAACAUACGAGAAGGGGACGUUGUCUUGUUAAAAGACAGUCAGGUGAAGCGUAACGAGUGGCCCAUUGGACUAAUUGUCAAAGCUAUACCCAGUGCGGACAACAAAGUGAGGAAAGUUGAGGUCAAAGUCAUAAAACACGGGACUGCUAAAACAUACCUCAGGCCUGUCACAGAGAUGGUUGUACUCUUGGCGGAAAAGGGACAGAAGGACUAGAGCAGCUGUUCUCAACCUUGGGGUCGGGACCCCAAUUGGGGUCGCAAGAUGAUUUCUGGGGGUCGCCAAAUCAUUUUGGAAGUCAGCUCUGUCUCCACUGUGUUAAAGUGUUCAUGUGUUUUAGU